AAUAAUGACCUCUAUAACUUAAAAGAUUAUAUCUAAGUUAGAUCCGAGACAAGUAAUCCAAUCUGAAUCUAUUCAUUUUAGUACUAUCUAAGUGGCUGUAUUGAUAUCAUUGUUGUGGAAUAACAUAAUGAAUCAUUGAAAUCGACCCCCUUUCAUGUACGAUUUGGCAAAUAUAAUGGAUAAGACUACUAGGUGGACAUUAUUGUGAAUGACAAACUGACUGACGUGAAAAUGAGAUUAGGGAAGGAAGGCUCAGCUUAUUUUGAAACUAGUUCCUAUUCCUCAGGCUAUUAAUCUGAUGACACGUUUUCCGAGAAAAUCUCGUAUAAUUCUUACAUUACACAACAUAGAUUGUUCAAUGAAGCAUCGGAGUUUAGACAGUCACACCUGUAUAAAAAACCCGAUGAUUUGUUCAACAGUGACAAAAAGAAUAGUAAUUGGCUUCAAACUCUAAAAUUUUGGGGCAAGGGGUCCAAUUCCAAAAAAGAUGAUGGAAUUAAGAUUGAAACACCAAAUAAUCUCAAGGAAUUUUAAUAAGUCGAUACGUCAUCUUUAGUAAUUAUACUAUCAUCAUAUUAGAGACUUUCAUAAUUAUAAUUGCAAAAAUAAUUCCAGUCCCAAGAAGCAGAAAAACACAUCUAAACUAACGAGUACGAGAAAGACAACAUCACUUAUAGUGACAGGGAGACCCUCUCUCCACGUCAAUCAGUAAUAGAACUUUCUCUGUGCGGUCAAUAUUAAAUUUAAUAAUCAAAUCUAACAUAAACUCAGAGAUUGCAAUUGUUCGAAUAACACAAAAUCUCCUUCUCAGUAUUCGAGAAAGACUCACUUAAAAUUAUAAAUCACAAAGAUCUUGUCUUUAAGAUUGGCGAUAAGUUCUUCAGCAGAGAAGCAGGAUUAAUCUAAUUAUUGGCCAAGCAAGUCUACGCUAGGGAUAUGGUUAUUGACAGUUUGGAUCAAUAGAAGAAGUAGAACACUUAAUAGUAGUAAUAAUGGUAUAGUGUUCUCUUUGGUAAGAAGAAAGGUUCAGAUUAAAUUGAAUAGAAUAAUACCAAUAAUCAGAGAUUAAAUAAUAAUGAGUAGACUCAAAAACAGCAUCAAUAGUGUAAAUCUUAAGACAGACUCAGAAAGCUCAGUGAGAACUCUGUUGAUACCUAUAGUACUAUGUCAAUCUAGAAAAGGAGAAAGUCGCAAAGACCAAUACUAAAACCUAAUUCAUCAAUUUUAAAAUAAUUAGGAUUGAAGUAGGGAGAUAACAAAAUUACAUACAGAUUAUGUAUACCCAAGAAAAGCGAUAUUGUGGAGUUGCAUGGGACUGUCUACUUGUAUGAUCAAAAAACUAAAUUUGUCAUAUCAGACAUUGAUGGCACCAUCACCAAAUCAGACAUCUUAGGUUAAUUAAUGCCAAAAUUAGGAACCGAUUGGAAUCAUGAUGGAGUAGCCAAUCUCUAUUAGAAUAUACAAUCUAUGGGAUAUAAAAUUAUGUACUUGACUGCAAGAGCAAUUGGCUAAGCAGAUCAAACUAAAGAUUUUAUUUACAAUCUACAAUAAGACAAUACUAAAUUGCCAAAAGGACCUGUAAUUUUGAGUCCUGACUCUUUGUUCCCCGCAUUUAAGAGAGAAGUCAUUGACAGAACGCCUGAACUAUUCAAGAUCACUGCAUUAAAAGAAAUUAGGAAUUUAUUCAUUGGAGAGAGUCCAUUCUAUUGUGGAUUUGGAAAUAGAUUAACAGUAAUAUGAUCUUUCUCUAUAUUAGGAUUCUACAGCUUAUUAGGCAGUCAAUGUGGAUAUCAGUCGAAUCUUCAUAAUAGAUCCAGAGAGCAAUAUCCAAAAAUAUAAUACAGAUGAAAUCACUACCUAUGUGGAAAUGAAUAAGGGCAUCCAUCUUUAUUUCCCUCCUGUUAAUGAAGUAGAAUACUAAUGCUCAAACUUCUGGAAGAUUCCAAUAAAUGUCAAUGUUGAUAUAAAUUAUUAUUGA